UUGGGAACAUGGAAGAAAGAAAUCUAACCAUCAUCAGGGAAUUUGUCCUUCUGGGACUCCCCAGCUCAGCGGAGCAGCAGCACCUCCUGUCUGCGCUCUUUCUCUGCAUGUACCUGCUCGCCACCUUGGGGAACGUGUUCAUCAUCAUGACGACGGGCUUUGACUCUCACCUCCAUUCCCCUAUGUAUUUCUUCCUCAGUAACUUGGCCUUCGUUGACAUCUGCUUAACAUCGACUACUGUCCCCCGAAUGGUAGUGAGUAUCUUGACUGGCACCAAGACUAUCUCUUUUGCAGGCUGCCUCACCCAGCUCUUCUUCUUCGUUUCUUUUGUGAAUAUGGACAGCCUCCUUCUGUGUGUGAUGGCGUAUGAUAGGUAUGUGGCAAUUUGCCACCCCUUACGUUACACUGCCACAAUGAACCUGCGCCUUUGUGUCCAGCUAGUGGCUGGACUGUGGCUUGUUACUUACCUCCAUGCCCUCCUGCAUACUUCCCUAAUAGCACAUCUGUCCUUCUGUGCCUUCAAUAUCAUCCAUCAUUUCUUCUGUGAUCUCAACCCUCUACUACAGCUCUCUUGCUCUGCCGUCUCCUUCAACGUAAUGAUCAUUUUUGUAGUAGGAGGUCUAUUGGCUCUCACGCCCCUUGUCUGUAUCCUCGUAUCUUAUGGACUUAUCUUCUCCACUGUUCUGAAGAUCACCUCUACUCAGGGGAAACAGAGAGCUGCUUCCACCUGCAGCUGCCACCUGUCAGUAGUGGUGCUGUUUUAUGGCACAGCCAUUGCCGUCUACUUUAGCCCCUCAUCCUCCCAUACGCCUGAGAGUGACACUCUCUCGACCGUCAUGUAUUCAGUGGUGGCCCCAAUGCUGAAUCCCUUCAUCUACACCCUAAGGAAUAAGGAUAUGAAGAGAGGACUUCAGAAAGUACUUUUAAGGUGUACAGUCUUUCAACAGCAAUAAUGACCUCAGGGACUGAAUUAAAUAGUACUAACCUGGUGAUAAGAAAAUGUGACUAGAUGCUCAUAAUAAUGGUGAUAAGAGAAAACAACUGCUAUUAAAUAAAUGUCUCCCUUAUGCUGGAAAUUGUGUUAAGUACUUUACACCAAUUACCACAUUAAAUCCUCUGAGUAAAUAUAUAAAAACGACAUAGCAUUCUUUAUACAGAAAGUGAAUCAUAGGGAGGGUUAAAUAGUCUGCAUACAAUUCACAGCUGAUAAAUAGUUUCUGACUCCAGUACACACAUACCUUAGUGAUGAAAAUCUCUUGAUAUAGUCCCCAAAUGCUACCAGUCAAGAUACAUUUUCCUAAACUUCUUGUUUGUGAGUUCACAUUUAGAAUUAAAGGGACAUAAACUCGAAUGUUAAUUCCACAAUGUGGUAGAAUAUCAAGGUCCUCACUUUUUAAAUAAUGUCAUCUUAAAAAUCACUCAAAUAAUUUAGUCAAGCUUUAAAGUAUGUAUGCUUUCCUCCAAUCCCCCCUCACUUCAAACAGUCAAUGAUUUUAUUCAUUGACUCAUGUCUUUGUCAUGUGUGUCCCUAAUUGAUCUCAGGCAUGGAGGAACUCAGAAUCUCCCAGCAUCUUUAUAGGGCAGAGCUUAGCUGAUAUCCCCAACUACUAGGAGUGCUUUGGGUAUACAACAUUUUUAAGGAAGAGAUCAGGUUCUCAGUUGUGUUUUUCAUGUGGGGAAUACAUUAACUUCCUUCAAAACAAAGCCUCAUGCCCAAUC